GGAAGAAGCUGCGUGAGGUGGCCCAAGCUCCCGAUUGACUCGCUGCAGGGAUUCUGGAUUUCAACCGACCGGCUGCUGGAACAAGGUAGGUAGCACAGGUACCUGGUAGAGUUAUCUGUGAUGAACCUUUUCAACAUUCAACACGCUCAGCUUUGACCUCGCUCGACCACAUUUACGGCCAGCCUCGACCCAAUCCGCCUCGACACGGCGACCUAAUUGUCGGCAGCCUUCAUAGGUCCCUACCUACCCGACCGCCGCAUUCCCUGCUAGCCGGAUAAAGGCUGCCGUGGCCGCGCCAAGCGCGCACACACAGCUCCGAAACCGACGCCCGCCGCCAUGGCGCCAGCCGAUCAAGACCCCCUCCUGCUGCUGCGGCAGGCCAUCGCGUCUGGGUCGACGGUCCUGCCGACAACAGCCGCGGAGCCGUCGGCGGGCGGCGGCGGCGGCGCAGCGGCGCCCGAGGCGAGCCUGUCGCAGGCGACGCACAUGCACUUUGGCCUGCCGUCGGGCGCCGUUUCGGUCGCCAUCGACGCGCCCACGCGCCUCAUCUCGGGCGACAGCCCCGUCGACCUGCGGUCCAUCUACUUUGCCUGGCUCAACCGCGAGGCCAGCGUGACGCAGUACAUCGAGGACGCGAACCGGCUCAACGAGGAGCUGCAGCAGGCGGCGGCGGCGGACAAGUCGCAGACGACGACGACGACGCCCGUGCGCAUCUACGAGUUCUCGAAAAAGGUCGACCUCACCACCUGGCUCGAGGGCACCAACGACAGGAACGAGCUGAUCAAGCCCCUGGCCGAGGACGAGGCUGCGGCCACGGCUGCGGCCGCGGCGGCCGGCAGCGCGUCAAAGGGCGGUGCCGCCGCCCCGGCCGGCGCGGCCUCGGGCAGGUCGGGGAGGGGCACCAUGGACCCGAGGCUGGCCGUGGUCUACAGCGGCGAGCGCCGCAUGGGCGACCACAACACGGCGCUGCGGGGUAUCAAGCCCACGGACUUCUCGCACGUCCGCAAGCUCGCAGCGCCCUUCAUGAUCAAAAAGUCGUCGUCGGGUCAGCACCCGUCCUCGGGCGUCGGGCCGGGCGGGCAGGCGCUCCCGCUCAACCAGAAGCCGCAGCGGCGGCCGGACCCCAUCAUCCUGCUCUCGCCCUCGGCGUCGUCGCUGCUGCGCAUGUCCAACAUCAAGUCCUUCCUCGAGGCGGGUCGGUACAGCCCGCCCGACCACAGCUCGACGGCGUCGAUGCUGCACAUAUCCCGCACCAUGCGCGAUAUCGACCCGGCCAGGCCCAUGCGCUUCAUCCUCGUCGAGGGCCCGGAGCAGUUCAAGCCCGAGCACUGGAACCGGGUCGUGGCCGUCUUCACGACGGGUCAGGCCUGGCAGUUCAAGAACUACCGCUGGCCCCAGCCGGCGGACCUAUUCCGCCACGUCGCGGGGGUCUACGUCGGCUGGAGGGACCAGCCGCCGCCCGAGACGGUCCGCGCCUGGGGCCACCGCGUCCAGGUGCAUGCUAUCGACAAGUACCGCGAGCCGCCGACUGCCACCGCCGCCGCCGGGCUUCACAACCAGGCUGACAACAGUCGCUUCAGGGACAGGGAGGUGGUCGAGAGCAUCUGGAAGGGCAUCGAGGCCAACAUGCGCUCCAAGGGCUGGCAGAGGGACUCGGGCCCGACGACAGUCUAGCACGAGUUCCCUUUUUUUUCUUUUUUUUAUCCUUCUUCUUGCAGAAAGCAGCUAAUCUACACAGCCCUUUUUCAAAAUUAUAUUUUAUGUUCUUUUUUUUUGUCUUAUCCUCGAAGGCGUAUCUAGAGGAUGACCCAGGUGUCAUCGUUAUUUAGCGGCUGCGACCAGAAAAGAUUGGGUUGGGGGGUCCGGCGUUUGGUUUGCUAGGAUGACAUCUUCUUUUGCACUCGGGGAUGCUUUUAUUUUGCAUGGGAGAACAAAACUGUUUCUUUUCCAGUCUUGUGUACGAUCAAAGUUGCUACCAUUGCACAGGCAGCGGGAGUUUAAAGAACAAAAACUGCACCAUGGUUCCCGUCCAUCCAUGCCUUGGACUCUCUCCAGGGUGGCUUCCUCACGAUGACGCCAGCAGCGCUUUUGCGACAAUCUCGUCGACCGACUCCUCCCUGACGCCGAGCAGUUCAUUGUCCGACUCCUCCCUCGACGCGACGAAGCACCGCCGCCGCGCCCCUUCCUCCUCCUCCUCCUCACUUUCCUCCAUGUACAGCUGCGCGACGGCCAAGUCGAGCGUCCAGCCGGACACGCCGUCGCGCCGCUUGGCCCGGCCCCUCUCGCGCACGCCGGCCGCGCUGGCCUCGCGCACCUCCCACUCCCCGG